ACGGCAAGGAAACAAAUUCUGCUGGCAAGGCGCUGGGCUUUCUUGCAGGCUGCAAUCACACUGGCUGUUCUAGCUCCCUCCGCAUAGCUUACACCACAGCAAAGCCCGCAGGACCGGGAGUGGAAAAGAACCUGUAAAUAUGAUGGUCGGUUCCAAAGGCACAUUAUUGGCUUGUUAUAAUACCCUCUGGUGACAUCGAGGCCUUAUCAAUAACUAAACAUCUGUCACAACCGCAGUUAUAUUUCUUGUGCCAGGACUGUGUUUUUACGGUUGUCCUGUUUAAAUGCGGAAGGGAGGGUGUGAGUUAUUGAGGCAACUGACUUUGAGUAGAUUACCACUAGACUGUACAGGCAGUAAGUUUCUGUCAACUCCUUGCAGAAUCUCAGCGUCUCUGCUGACGUUCCCUUGGUGUACUCACAAAUCUCUCUGAGAACAUCGCCCUGGACCCCCGAUGCGGCUGCCUGAGCAACCUGGAGAGGGGAAGCCUGAGAAUGAGGAAAAGGGGGGCAGAGGAGCCCCCGGAGGGGGAGAGGAGCCGCUGAGGACCCAGGCCCCCGACUUCCCCACUUGGCAAAAGAUGCCUUUUCACCACGUGACGGCCGGCCUGUUGUACAAGGGGAAUUACCUCAACCGAUCUCUGUCUGCUGGCAGCGACAGCGAGCAGCUGGCUAACAUCUCUGUGGAGGAGCUUGACGAGAUCCGAGAGGCCUUUCGGGUUCUGGACCGAGACGGCAAUGGCUUCAUCUCCAAGCAGGAGCUGGGAAUGGCCAUGCGCUCGUUGGGGUACAUGCCGAGUGAGGUGGAACUGGCCAUCAUAAUGCAGCGCCUGGACAUGGACGGGGAUGGUCAGGUGGAUUUUGAUGAAUUCAUGACAAUCCUUGGCCCCAAACUGGUGUCUUCAGAAGGUCGCGAUGGUUUUCUUGGAAACACGAUAGAUAGCAUAUUCUGGCAGUUCGACAUGCAGAGGAUAACUCUGGAAGAGCUGAAGCACAUCCUCUAUCACGCCUUCCGGGACCACUUAACGAUGAAGGACAUUGAGAACAUCAUCAUCAACGAGGAAGAGAGCCUGAAUGAGACCUCGGGGAACUGCCAGACGGAGUUUGAGGGCGUGCAUUCCCAGAAGCAGAACAGACAGACCUGCGUCCGGAAGAGCCUCAUCUGCGCCUUCGCCAUGGCCUUCAUCAUAAGCGUCAUGCUGAUCGCGGCCAACCAGAUCCUCCGGAGCGGCAUGGAGUAGCGGCCUCCCCGGCAGCUGCGUUCCUGGCUCACGCAUGUGCUUGCCCCGCGGGCAGACUCUUCCUCCACAAAAAAAGCAGAUACGGACGGUGCAAACGCGGCACAGUCCAGCGAAGAACCCAAGGUUGCAGUGCAACCCGUGUUGUUGCAAACCCACUUCAUCCCCUUGGCAGGUACACAAAAGGGCUGUCUUCAAUGCUUUAAUGGUCUUGUUUCCUAAUGCAAUAAAUAGCCAGGAGUUCCGAAUGAUCGCUUCGACCGCCUGUAGGAACUCUAAAGAGAAACUUCAUCUUCAUCUCGGAAUUCCCACGGCCAUCCAGGUUGGCGGGGUAAGGCAGCAAGAGAGAGGCGGAACACGCAAUCACCUCCGCGCCCCGUUCUCUCAACCCAGGGGUCAACUGGAGACUCCCUCCCUCCCCCACCCCAGGGCAACCCUCAGUGCCGAGAAGCUGACUUCUGAGUUGCUGCAGAAGUGGGGGCUUCCCGUCCUACCCUGGCUUCCUUCCCCAACCUAGUGGAGGCCCCCCCGGCAAGGCAUGAGGGGAAAGCCAUCGGAUGGGGUGCAGCACCCAGCGGUCUGCAAGUUGCACCCCCUUCGCUUCUGUUCUACUGCCUUUUCUACAGGACUCUUGUUGGCAGAGUUGGGGAGCUCUCGGUUUCCGUCGGCACUUGGCUUUCUGUUCCUAGAGCCCAUCGCGCACCAGCAUUUUGGAAUCUGCAGAGAGCCUUUCUCCCAGCUUUGCCGCCUGUGCUGCCAUUUAGACAAAAAAAA